AUGCUACGGAAGAAAGAAAACUUCACCAUUAUCACACCCAUUCCGGGUUUCAUCCCUCGCCAAUUGGCUAUCGAUAUCCUCCAUUCGCACUCCGAGGUUAUCACUCUGAAUCCUCUGGUCAUUGACCACAAGCCCAUUCCGGCACCUAGUAAUGCUGAGACGGAUGAGUACUAUUCGACAUGGUACGAAAUCACAGAGCGCAUUCAGUUCGUACCCGGUCUUGGGAAGAUUGGGUCCUCCACUAUCAAGUUCAACGGUUGUUUCCACGACAUGCCGUGGGGAUUACAAACUCACAUUUAUGCGCCGAUGCAUGUCGACCUCCGAAACACUUAUCGCAUCUGUGGAAAUCAGCCCGGUGUUGAACCCCCUGAGGUCCCUGAAAUUGGGUUGAGAGCGCUCGGCGCGCCUGCUGACGGUCUGUACCUGAGAGAGGACAUUGAGAUCAGAUGCAAUGUGACUGUCAUGAGCUUUGUCAAGUCACAACUUAAGAAAGCUGGCGGGGAGAUGGUCAAGCGCAUCAUCAAGAAGGCAGAGUUGCUGGAUGCCGGCGUCCUUCAAGCCAUGAUCGAGGACGGAAAGCUCAGGACGAUCAAUCCCGCUGACCGGACCCACCUCCCCAACAGCCGGUGGAAAUGCCCGGGCGACUUUUACUACACUUCUCCCCCUCUACGGCCAUCGGAGAAUUGUAAAAACAGCUGGGAAUCGCCUCUUGAUCCCAGAUCACCUAACACGAAUUCCAUCUCGUCACAGACCGACGCACAACGACCGCAUCAGUCUGAGACUCAAGAAUCGAAAUAUUCGGUCAAGGAGUCGGCGGAACCGGAAAACAAGAAGGGGUAUUUGAAUUCCCUAGCACCUCAUGGGGAGACUGAUGAAGAACACCAAUCAAGCCAGAAGAACUCUGACGCAUCGGUUCCGCGUCAGGCUCACUUUGUCCCAUACAACCCAGCUGAUUACGCCAAGUUUGCACAACAGCACCAGCAUCAGCAGGCAGCAUCGCCCUAUGGACACGGCCAAUCAAGGCAGCAGUAUGGUUAUGUACAGUAG